AUGCUAACCGCUACUCAGUCCAAACCCAACAUCCUUCGUGGGCCUUCAUCGGUAUCGUUUGAUGUCCUUUCCACUCGCUUAGAGCAACGGCGUUCAACACAUACCCCGCCCACAAGUGUAUCGCUCAAGCAGAGACUCCCUCCAAAGACCUGGGAUAGCCACAUGCAUGUUGUGGAACCUGAGCGAUUUCCUGUCUCUCCAACAGCGGUAUAUACACCCACCGCACAUACGUUACCCGAAGCUCUCGCCUUCGGGUCCGGACUAGGUGUUGAGAAUCUCGUAUUUGUGCAACCGUCAGUUUACGGUACGGACAAUUCAUGUUUAUUGGAUGCCUUGCGAAAACUUGGGCCCACGCGCGGCCGAGGAAUUGUCGUGGUUGACCCUGGCACCAUUAAACCAGACACUUUAAACGAAUGGCAUACCCUCGGAGUCCGUGGACUGAGAAUCAACCUUCAGUCUGUAGGGAAAACGAUGGACAAGAACGAGCUAGAAGAGACCUUACUCCAACAUGCUGAGAUUGCCCGGCCUCUCAACUGGAUCAUCGAGAUAUAUCUUCCCCUCAAGAUGAUCCCGAUGGUCGAGUCGAUCCUCCCACGACUAGGCGUGCGCAUCUGUAUCGAUCAUUUUGGCAGCCCCGAGCUCGCGUCGUGGGACGAUGAUGGACCGGCUUUCGACCCCUACACCCUUCAUGGGUUCUCGUCCUUGAUCUCCCUUCUUCGCGCAGGGGAAACAUAUGUUAAGAUGUCUGCGCCGUAUCGACUCAGCAAAGACAAUCAAAUACGUGACCUUCAGGCUAUGGCACGCGAGUUCUUGUCUGUUGCGCCUAAUCGGGUUAUCUAUGCCACUGAUUGGCCGCACACUCGAUUCUCCAGUGUUGAUAUCAGCCCAUUCACUGAAUGUUGUUUGGAAUUAUGCGCGGCCAGGCCGGGCCUAGCGGAGCGUUUGUUUCGAAGGAACACGGAAGAGAUGCUUGGGGUAGUCUCCGAUUGA